GGGCUGGGCUGGGGCUGAGGAGCGCACGCAGCGAGCGCGGGCGAGGCGAGCCAGGCGGCGGGAGCAGCGGCGUCGGCAGCGCCCCUUCCCGGCCAAGAUCGCCGCCCUUCGCCCCUCCGCGCAGCAGCCCCGCCAGCUGCCUCGGCCGGGACGCCGAGGGAUGGGGCCCCUCAAGGAAAGCGCCAAGGAGCACAAGAUGCAAGACAAGGAGAUCUGCCGCAGCCGUAUUCCCCGCCUUGUCCUCCGGCCUCAUCUCCCCCAGCAGCAUCCUCACCACCAGAAAGUGUCCCCGGCAUCCGAGUCACCCUUCUCAGAGGAGGAAAGCAGAGAAUUCAAUCCUCUGAGUUCUUCUGGAGGGUCAGCACGGACUAUCAGCAGCAACAGCUUUUGCUCAGAUGACACAGGUUGCCCCAGCAGCCAGUCAGUAUCUCCGGUUAAGACUCCUCCUGAUACUGGACUCAGUCCAGUCAGUUUUUGUGCUGGCAGCGAUGGAGACCACACGAGAAAGAAAUUUAAUUCGGGAACAAUGGGGGACGGAAUGCAACAGUCAGCUCGAUAUAAGAAGGAAACAAAGACGAGCCUGGUAAAGCCGGGAAGCGAAGCUGAUUUUAGCUCUUCGAGUAGCACGGGCAGCAUUUCAGCACCUGAAGUUCAUAUGUCGAUGGCUGGGAGUAAAAGAUCAUUUUCUCGGAAUCGGGGGCCUCAUGGACGGAAUAGCGGAUCUUUGUCCUACAAGACUGGGUCUAGUCCUCCAACAUCCCGCGAGAAGGACAUCCUGUCAAUGCUGUGCAAAAACCAGUUGAGUCCCAUUAGCAUCCAUCAGAAUUAUGGAGCUUCUUCGGCCAGCAGCAGCAAUUCAGGUUCAUUCAAGGGAAGCGAUAGCCCCAUUACGAGGCGGUCUGCACGAUACACCUCUUGUGGCGAGAACCAUGGUAUUAAACCACCGAGUCCGGAACAGUAUUUGACUCCCCUGCAGCAAAAGGAAGUGACGGUGAGGCAUCUGAAAACAAAACUGAAGGAGUCUGAGAGCAGACUUCAAGAAAGAGAAACAGAAAUCAAGGAACUGAAAUCUCAGCUGGCCCGCAUGAGAGAAGACUGGAUUGAAGAGGAGUGUCACCGUGUGGAAGCGCAGCUCGCCUUGAAAGAAGCAAGGAAGGAAAUCAAACAACUCAAGCAGGUCAUUGAAACCAUGAAGAACAGCUUGGCUGAAAAAGACAAAGGGAUUCAGAAGUAUUUUGUGGAUAUCAACAUCCAGAAUAAGAAACUGGAAUCCUUACUCCAAAGUAUGGAAAUGGCACAGAACGGUUCCUUUAGUGAGGAACGGGGUCUCGAGUAUGAGUGUGGGUCACCUGAUAAGUCCUUGGGGACGAGUGCAGUGUAUUCCAAAAUGGCAGACAAUAUACUUGGGGAAGACCAAUCUACGGAGGAUCUGGCAGAUAGUGGCGUGCUGCUUAGCGAUGAUGUGGCUAAUGGGAAUGACUUAUUUGAAGAGACAGUGAUUGCUACCACACCUGAACUUGGGCUUCCAGCUCUCUUUCCAUCUUCCGCUUUAAAUCCUCUGGACUCCAUGCCAAAUCUAACAAACUCAGCAGAAGAGGAUGAGAAUGGCAACUGUGGUGUGGCAAUGGAACAGGCAGUUCAGGCUGAUGUUUUGUUGUAUAGCUCGGGCUUAGAACAGCUGAUUCAGAACCUGUUCAAACCACAAGAUGGUCGUCCCAUCAGCCCAUCUCCAAGUUUAAGAGAAUCAGAUGGAUCUUGUCCCGAAAGCUUCACAAACUCGCUUGUGGACUUGACUCCAUGUGACCCAAAUUCUGCAAUCCUUUUGUCUCCCAUGGAGUCGGUGCACGGUGCCGUAGAUUCUAGGUAUUAUGAAAACCGGGUCAUGAAGGAACUGGACUUCACAGACUAUCCAACCGAAAUGUUUGAGAAUGUCAAGAAAAUGUCUGAGGGAAAAGUCAUGAAGAGAUACUGGAGCAGCAGCUUCCUUGUUGAUCUUAUGGCUGUUGCUGCCCCCAUUGUGCCGACGGUAAUAUGGAUGCUGAGUACUCAGAAAGGAGGGAUUCAUCCUGUCUACAGCAUCGGAGCUUUGCUUCGUGGCUGCUGUGUGGUAGCCUUGCAUUCCCUUCGCCGUGUACCCAGCAACAUCCAUCUCUAGGUGUAACUUCUUUAUAUGGUGGUCUGAGAGGCCAAGCUCUGAUGGGUGUAGCAAGGUCAUGAGAAAGCUUGUGUCUGUAAUAGUGGGUCUGGUCGAAAAGUUUGAUUUGCACUAUAUUUAGUUGAAAACAUGUUCAUUGUUUGAAACUGAAGAGGAAAAACUGUUGGUGGCAUGAAGACUCGUUUCCACGAAGUGUAAACACAAAUGCAUUUUAGAAAGCAUGCUCAGCACUUCUCAUUCUGUCGUCAGGUGUAUGGAUUGUUAUACCAAAUGUUUUCCGAUGUGAGGGUGGGGGGAAGGUUCAUUCUUGCAAAGGCAGCUUACAUAGUCUUGGCAUGUAUUGUCUGUCCAUGCUUCUUGGUGCGCUUAAAUUAUGUAAUCGCCCCUGCAUUCCACUGCUCCGAUCCCGUGUAUGAGGGGACCGUAACCAAAAAGUUUAAAAAAGCAUUAUUGUAGAUGGGAGUCUUUAAUCUCGUUAUGUUUUUUUAUAAAUAUGGCUGUGAAUAUAUUUUAUGAAGUAUGUUUUAAGUCUUAAAUGAAGUCUUACUUGGAAUGUGCUGAUGUCACUCAAGUUGUGUGAAGGAUAAUUUAAGUGUAUGGUGUAAUAAUUUAUUUUCUUGUUAAAUAAUCUUUCAAGGGAAAAAAAAACAUUUAUAACUGUAAGUAAAGCAUGUUGAAACUGA